AUGAAAGUGAAAGGUCAUUUUCCCAACAAGGCGAUGCCGUCGGCCGGCACGCUGCCCUGGCUUCAGGGAAUCCUCUGCAACGCCAACAACCCCUGCUUCAGAAACCCGACGCCCGGCGAGUCUCCGGGAGUCGUCGGAAACUUCAACGACUCCAUAAUUUCUCGUCUGUUUUCAGACGCCAAGAAGAUUCUCCUUUACAGUCAGAACGAUAAAAACCUGGACGGAUUCAAGGAGCUCGCUCAGGCUCUGCAGGCGCUGCAGAACAGCCAGUCAGGAUUCCAGCUGAAGCACUUCCUGCGGGACAAUGAGACUCUGUCUGCGUUCCUGCGAAGCAACGCCUCCUUCCCCGAGCUCAGCGUGGAGCACAUCAGGGAGGCCCACGUCAACCUGGAGAAAAUCCUCCUCAAAGGUUUUGGGGUCCACCUGAGGGACAUGUGUCCCAGGGAGGGGGGCGAGCAGAGUCUGGAGGACUUUGUGACGAUCUCGGACCCGCUGACAUCGGCGCUGGUACAGGAAGUCCUCUGUCAGGCCCCGCCCACCUGGCUGAAUCACGCAGAGGAGCACUUCCUAAACAACCUGGACUUCCUGAAACCCAUCCAGAGGGAGGUGAAGUCCGACCCCGACGCCGUCAAACAGGUUGCCAGGGCGACCAACAACCUCCUGGACAGUCUGGGUUCGCUGGCGGUAGAGUUGGCCAGUAUGAAGAGCUGGAUCGACCUGAGGAACGAGAUCAUCUUCCUGACGCAGAACGCCACGUCAUCGCCCAGCACCAUGUACCAGGCGGUCUCCAGGAUCGUGUGCGGCCACCCUGAGGGCGGCGGCCUGCAGAUCAAAUCCCUCAACUGGUACGAAGACAGCAACUACAAAGCUCUGUUCGGAAACCACAACAGCAGCGAGGACGAGCCUGCGGCGCUCUACGACAACUCCUCCACUCCGUACUGUAACAGUCUGGUGAAGAACAUGGACUCGAACCCGAUGUCCAGGAUGAUCUGGCAGGCUCUGAAGCCCCUGCUGAUGGGGAAGAUCCUUUACACCCCCCACACCCCCGCCACCCAGAGGGUCAUCCACGAGGUGAACCGGACCUUCCAGGAGCUCGGUGUGUUCAGGGACCUCGGCGGGAUGUGGGAAGAAAUGAGACCCAAAGUGUGGAAAUUCAUGGAGAACAGCGAGCAGAUGGACGUCAUUAGGACUCUGCUGAAGAACAACGUCACUGCCCGCUUCUUCCACGCUCAGCUGACCGACACCGACUGGACCGUCGCCGAUAUCUCCAACUUCCUAUCCAAGCAGACGGAGGACCCGAGGCCGCCGGGCAGCGCCCUCACCUGGAGGGAGGUGUUCAACGAGACCGACCAGGCCAUCAUGAGCAUCUCCCGCUUCAUGGAGUGUGUGAACCUCGACAAACUGGAGCCAGUCUCCACUGAGGAGCGACUGGUCAACCAAUCCAUUCUGCUGCUGGAGGACAGGAAGUUCUGGGCGGGGAUCGUGUUCCCGGAUGUCGACCCCAAUGCAACCGAGCUGCCGGCCAAACUCAACUACAAGAUCCGCAUGGACAUCGACAACGUGGAGCGGACCAAUAAGAUCAAAGACGCGUACUGGGAUCCAGGUCCUCGUGCCGACCCGUUUGAGGACAUGCGGUACAUCUGGGGCGGGUUCUCAUACCUGCAGGACGUUAUUGAGCAAGGCAUCAUCAGAGCGAUGACGGGCACCAAGGAGAAGACGGGCGUCUACAUCCAGCAGAUGCCGUAUCCCUGCUACGUAGACGACAUUUUCCUGCGGGUGAUGAGCCGCUCCAUGCCUCUCUUCAUGACUCUGGCCUGGAUGUACUCGGUGGCGAUCAUCCUGAAGAGCGUGGUGUAUGAGAAGGAAGCCAGGCUGAAGGAGACGAUGAGGAUUAUGGGACUGAAUAACGGCAUCCUGUGGUUUAGCUGGUUCAUCAGCAGCCUGAUUCCUCUGCUGAUCAGCGCCGGACUGCUGGUGCUGCUGCUCAAGAAGGGGAACCUGCUGCCCUACAGCGACCCUGGAGUGGUCUUCCUAUUCCUGGGCUCCUUCGCCGUGGUAACCAUCAUGCAGUGCUUCCUCCUCAGUACGGCCUUUGCCCGCGCUAACCUGGCUGCCGCCUGCGGAGGAAUAAUCUACUUCACCCUUUACCUGCCCUACGUGCUCUGCGUUGCUUGGCAGGACUACAUUGGCUUCGGAGCCAAAGUCUUCGCCAGCCUUCUGUCUCCUGUGGCGUUUGGGUUCGGCUGUGAGUACUUCGCUCUGUUCGAGGAGCAGGGAGUCGGUAUCCAGUGGAAAAACCUGGUCUCGAGUCCUCUGGAGGAGGACGACUUCAGCCUCCGCACCGCCAUCAUCAUGAUGUACUUCGACUCCUUCUUGUACGGAGUCCUCACCUGGUACAUCGAAGCUGUGUUUCCAGGUCAGUAUGGGAUCCCUCGACCCUGGUAUUUCCCCUUCACCAAGUCCUACUGGUUCGGAGAGAAAGACACAAAGUCCAACAAGGUCUCUCUGAACCGGAAAGGAAACGCAGAAGCUGUGUGUAUAGAGGAGGAGCCUGCUCACCUGGAGCUCGGUGUCUACAUCGAGAACCUGGUGAAGGUUUAUCGGCACGGGAAGAAACUGGCGGUGGAUGGACUGACACUCGGCUUCUAUGAGGGACAAAUCACCUCCUUCCUGGGACACAACGGAGCUGGGAAAACCACCACCAUGUCCAUCCUGACCGGUCUGUUCCCUCCGACCUCUGGUACCGCAUACAUCCUAGGCAGAGACAUCCGGACUGAACUGAGUGCCAUCAGACAGAGUCUGGGAGUCUGUCCCCAACACAACGUCCUCUUCAGCAUGCUGACGGUGGAAGAACAUAUCUGGUUUUACGGCCGGCUCAAAGGCCUCUCAGAGGAACAGGUCAAAGGUGAGAUCCAGCAGAUCCUGCAGGACACCGGGCUACCGCACAAACGCACCUCCAGGACCAGCGCACUGUCCGGGGGCAUGCAGAGGAAGCUAUCUGUGGCUCUGGCCUUUGUAGGUGGGUCAAAGGUCGUGAUCCUGGAUGAGCCAACAGCCGGUGUCGACCCCUACGCCCGCAGAGGGAUCUGGGAUCUGCUGCUUAAGUACAGACAGGGCCGGACCAUCAUCCUGUCCACGCACCACAUGGAUGAGGCGGACAUCCUAGGCGACCGGAUCGCCAUCAUCUCCCAUGGGAAACUGUGCUGUGUGGGUUCAUCCCUGUACCUGAAGAACCAUCUGGGAACAGGCUACUACCUGACGCUUGUGAAGAAAGAACCAGAGCCUUCCCUCAGCUCCUGCAGGAAUUCAUCUAGCACUGUGUCCUUCAGCAAGAAGGAGGAGGAGUGCGCCUCGGUCAGCAGCAGUGAUGCCGGACUCGGCAGCGAACAUGAAAGUGAGGCCGCUACCAUCGAGAACGGCCCUGCGGCGUCCAUCUGUGAUGUCCCCUUCAUCCACCCUGACGUGUCCCUGGUCUCGGGUCUGAUCCUGUGUCAUGUCCCCGCCGCCCGUCUGGUGGAGGACCUCGGACACGAGCUGACCUACGUCCUGCCCUACAGUGCCGCCAAGGACGGGGCCUUCGUGAAGCUCUUCAAAGAUCUGGACCUCAAGCUGCCUGACCUCGGCAUCUCCAGCUACGGAGUGUCUGACACCACGCUGGAGGAGAUUUUCCUGAAAGUGGCUGAAGAUAACGGAGUCGACACUGAAGUGCCUUCAGACGGGACACUUCCUGUUAGGAGGCGGAGGAGGACUCACGCCUUCGGUGGAGGAGACCAUCAGAGCUGUCUGAGACCUCUAACAGAGGACGACAACAAUGACUGCAAUGAGUCUGACGGAGACCCUGAGUGCCGGGAGACGGACUGGCUGAAUUGCACUGACGGUAAGGGCUCGUACCAGGUGAGCGGGUGGAGUCUGAGGAGGCAGCAGUUUGUGGCUCUGAUUUGGAAACGGUUUUUGUACGCACGACGCUCCAGGAAGGGCUUCUUGGCUCAGAUUGUUCUUCCUGCUGUGUUCGUGUGCAUUGCUCUGGUCUUCAGUCUCAUCGUCCCCCCAUUUGGAAAAUAUCCCAGUCUGGAGCUGCAGCCCUGGAUGUACGAGGACCAGGUCACCUUUAUCAGUGACGACGCUCCCGGAGACGCUAACAUGCAGAAGUUAUUGAGCGCUCUGUUGGACACUCCCGGCUUCGGGACUCGCUGCAUGGACGGACAUCCCAUCCCAGAGGCCCCCUGUACAAUGGGUGAUGAGGACUGGCAGACUCCUGAGGUCCCAGAGAGCAUCCAGCAGAUCUUCAGCUCCAGUAACUGGACCAUGGACAAUCCGUCUCCAGCUUGUUUCUGCAGCUGCGACGGCAAGAAGAAGAUGCUUCCGGACUGUCCCGCUGGAGCUGGAGGACUGCCCCCCCCUGAGAUGAAGCUGAGUGCCACCGAUACUCUACAGAACCUGACAGGCAGAAACAUCUCAGACUACCUGGUGAAAACCUAUGCUGAGAUCAUCGGCAAGAGUUUGAAGAACAAGGUCUGGGUGAAUGAAUUCAGGUACGGAGGCUUCUCAUUGGGCGCUAGGAGCACUCAGGUCCUUCCACCGGCCAAUGAGAUCGACGACGCCAUCGAACGAGUCAGGAAGAUCUUUGAGUUACAGAAGGGCGCGGCUGCAGAUCGAUUCCUUGACAGUCUGUCAGGUUUCAUCAACGGUUUGGACACGAAGAACAACGUGAAGAUCUGGUUCAAUAACAAGGGCUGGCACAGUAUCGGAGCGUUCAUCAAUGUGAUGAAUAACGGCAUCCUGAGAGCGAACCUUCCUGCAGGCAGCGACCCCAGCAAGUAUGGCAUCAGCGCCUUCAACCACCCUCUGAACCUCACCAAGGAGCAGCUGUCCCAGGUCGCACUGGUAACGACCUCUGUGGACGUCCUGGUGUCCAUCUGUGUGAUCUUCGCUAUGUCGUUCGUCCCGGCCAGCUUUGUAGUCUUCCUCAUUCAGGAGCGGGUCAGUAAGGCCAAACAUAUGCAGUUCAUCAGCGGAGUGCAGCCGCUGCUCUACUGGGUGGCCAACUUCAUCUGGGACAUGUGUAACUACAUCGUCCCUGCAGCGCUGGUCAUCUUCAUCUUCAUCUGUUUCCAACAAAAAGCCUACGUCUCCUCCACCAACCUGCCGGUGCUCGCCCUGCUGCUGCUGCUCUACGGCUGGUCCAUCACUCCUCUGAUGUACCCCGCCUCCUUCUUCUUCAAGAUCCCCAGCACCGCAUACGUCGUCCUCACCAGCGUCAACAUCCUCAUCGGCAUCAACGGCAGCAUCUCCACCUUCGUCAUGGAGCUGUUUGGAAACAACGAAAUUGGAGGAAUCAACGACAUCCUGAAGAACGUCCUCCUCAUAUUCCCUCACUUCUGUCUCGGCCGAGGACUCAUCGACAUGGUGAAGAACCAGGCGAUGGCCGACGCCCUCGAGAGAUUUGGUGAGAACAGCUUCCGCUCUCCUCUGGAGUGGGACAUGGUGGGAAAGAACCUGUUUGCGAUGGCUGUGGAGGGAGUGGUCUUCUUCAUCAUCACCGUCCUCAUCCAGUACAGAUUCUGCAUCAAACCCAGGUACAUACACACACACACACACACCUGUCACUCAAUGUGGCCACGCCCUGAAUUAUUCAGACCUUUAAUCCUUGAUAUGAUUUAAAGAGGGAGUCGUACAUCAACAGUGAGACCAGCAGCUGUAA